AUGUCCGCUGGGCAGGCGUUCUCCCCAUGGGUCCUCUUCCUCGCCCUCUUGAUACCCUUACUCUACACCCUCGACAAGAACAACCACCGAAACUUCGUCUUUGAGCCAGCCAAGCUACAGGAGAUCUCCCGUUCCGCGAUCGCACAGUAUGGUAACGACACGGAGCCCUUGAUGCGGCGAAUUCACCAAGAUCUGCGCGCGGAAUAUGGCAAUGCGAUCGUGGAGGACUACUCGAAGGCGGACUGGAUGUGGAAUAACGCCGGCGGUGCCAUGGGAAUGAUGGUAAUCCUCCACGCCUCCAUCUCCGAAUACCUAAUCUUCUUCGGCACCCCGCUCCAAACCGAGGGCCACACCGGCGUCCACAUGGCGGACGACUACUUCACCAUCCUAGUCGGCGAAGAGCACUUCGCCUACUCCGGUGACCUCACCCCCACCGUCUUCGGUCCCGGCGACCAGAACUGGAUGAAGCGCGGGACAGUGGCACAGUAUACGAUGCCGAAUGGAUGUUUUGCGCUCGAGUUGGCGCAGGGGUGGAUUCCGGCUAUGCUGCCGUUUGGGUUUGCGGAUACGUUUAGCAGCACGUUGGAUUUGGGGAAUUUGUGGAAGACGGUCGUCUAUACGGGGUGGCAUAUGGGGCGGCAGGCGGCGAGGUUGAAGUUUUGA